AUGCAGAAAAAAUCAGACGUCUGUGUCCUCCGCGGCUCCAUCCCAUUCACAAAACAGUCGUCUCUAAUUGAGUUUGAGGCCGCUCCCUCGCUCCUCCUCCAUCGGCAGCGUUCAGCUCCAGCUCUCUCUUUCAAAGCCACUUCUACCUGUCCGUCACGCCGCGCUCAAUACAUCAGAUACAGUGUAAACGCAGGAGUGACAGACAGCGGCGCCACCGGAGCAGAACCAACCGGAGCAGAACCACCGGAGCAGAACCACCGGAGCAGAACCACCCGGAGCAGAAACACCCGGAGUAGAACCACCCGGAGCAGAACCACCGGAGCAGAACCACCCGGAGCAGAACCACCCGGAGCAGAACCACCCGAGCAGAACCACCCGGAGCAGAAACACCCGGAGCAGAACUACCGGAGCAGAACCACCCGAGCAGAACCACCCGGAGCAGAACCACCCGAGCAGAACCACCCGAGCAGAACCACCCGGAGCAGAACCACCCGAGGACUCUUUUGUGUUUACGCACGAGGUCCAGGUCUGAGCAGCCUUUUGUCCCAGCGCUCUGGUCUCUGGGGCAGGGGGUCUGGGGGUCACUGCUGGGGUGUGGUGGACUCUGGGUGGGGGGGGGCCUGGCUGGAGAAGAAGAAGCAGAAGGAGAAGCAGAAGGAGAAGCAGAAGAAGCAGACGGAGACGGAGAAGAAGAAGAAGAAGCAGAAGAAGCAGAAGCAGAAGACGGAGACGGAGAAGAAGAAGAAGAAGCAGAAGAAGCAGAAGAAGAAGCAGAAGAAGCAGAAGAAGAAGAAGAAGAAGCAGAAGAAGCAGAAGCAGAAGAAGAAUCAGAAGAAGAAGAAGCAGAAGAAGCAGAAGCAAAAGAAGAAGCAGAAGAAGAAGCAGAAGAAGAAGCAGAAGAAGCAGAACAAGAAGAAGAAGAAGCAGAAGAAGCAGAAGAAGAAGCAGAAGCAGAAGAAGAAGCAGAAGCAAAAGAAGAAGCAGAAGAAGAAGACUGAGAAGAAGAAGCAGAAGAAGAAGAAGAAGCAGAACAAGAAGAAGAAGAAGCAGAAGAAGCAGAAGAAGAAGAAGCAGAAGAAGCACAAGCAGAAGAAGAAGAAGCAGAAGAAGAAGAAGCAGAAGAAGAGGCAGAAGAAGAAGAAGCAGAAGAAGAAGCAGCAGAAGAAGCAGAAGAAGAAGCAACAGAAGUAG